AAUAAUAAUAAUGGCGAAGCCAAGGUACUCGAGGUUUCAGCCUGCUCGCAAAACGACGUCGUCCUCCUCCAUGAUCCUCACCUCACUCCUCAUCUUCACAUUCCUUGUUUUGAUCCUUCUGGCGCUCGGAAUCCUCUCCAUUCCAACCGCCUCAAACCACCACGUUUCAAAACCCAACGACCUCACUCACAUCGCUCAUAACACUCUCCACACAGGCGAAGACGACGAUGGCAAUGGAGAACACUGGAUUGAAGUAGUUUCUUGGGAGCCUCGUGCUUUUAUCUAUCAUAAUUUUCUGACCAAAGCAGAAUGUGAAUAUCUAAUCAAUAUAGCCAAGCCAAAUAUGCAUAAGUCAUCCGUUGUAGAUAGUACAACUGGGAAGAGUAAAGACAGCAGAGUAAGGACAAGCUCUGGUACUUUUCUAGCCAGAGGACGUGAUAAAGUUGUGAGGAAUAUAGAGAAGAGAAUUGCUGAUUUUACUUUUAUACCUAUAGAGCAGGGUGAAGGACUUCAAGUUCUCCACUAUGAAGUUGGACAAAAGUAUGAGCCUCAUUAUGACUACUUUUUGGAUGAAUUUAACACACAGAACGGGGGCCAGCGUAUAGCGACAGUACUGAUGUACCUCUCAGAUGUUGAAGAAGGGGGUGAGACUGUGUUCCCAGCUGCCAAGGGAAAUAUCAGCUCUGUGCCAUGGUGGAAUGAGCUUUCCGAGUGUGGAAAGAAAGGUCUUUCAAUUAAGCCGAAGAGGGGGGAUGCUUUGCUUUUUUGGAGCAUGAAGCCUGAUGCAACUUUAGACCCAUCAAGUUUGCAUGGUGGUUGUCCAGUGAUUAAGGGUGAUAAAUGGUCGUGCACCAAAUGGAUGCGUAUCAAUGAAUACAAAAUAAAUUAAAUAUACCACAGGUUGAUUAACUUCUCUAGGCCUUCUCUCUGAGUUCAUUGAUGCUAAUGUUGUACCAAAUCAUAGUCUGAGCUAAAAAUAUCUGAUGAUCAUGCUUUCACAGCUGAAAAGAAAUGUUAUUUACUGAAUGAUGCGGCAUCCCUCUGUAAUUUUUUGGUUCUUGUAACGUACCUCAAACUAAUUCCUUUUAGGUACCCCUUUUUCAGUUGUAUUAUUAUUAGUAAAUAUUUAAUAAGUUUUUACAUAUACAUAUUUGUGAAUUUGCAAGACAAUAAUAUAUUGACUGAGUAUAUUACCAGAACUAUCUAUACCCAGAGUUCAAUUUAGUUACCUUAUUCAUUGAAAGGCCACUAUUGAGAGGGACUUAUAUUGC